GGAAGGAAAGUGUGAGAGAGAGAGAGAGAGCGAGAGAGCGCACAAGAGAGGGAGCGAGUGAAAGAACCAAGCAUAGAUCUCUCUGCCGUUACUGCUGAACACACACACGCGUGCUCGUUCUCACACACACUCACACUCACGCUGGAUAGUGGCUGCGUGGCUGCCGGCUCUUUUGUGUGAGCACGAUUGUUCCCGGUCCAGUCUGACCCCCUGUCACCCCUCGAGAGUGUGUGUGUGUGUGUGUGUGUGUGUGUGUGUGUGUGUAUGUGUGUGUGUGUGUGUGUGUAUGCUUGUGUCUAUGUCUGUGGUGUGUGUGAAAGUCCUGAAACGCGGUGGUCACACGUGGGGGUAUUUGUCCGAGCGCGGGGACAUCUGAGGAAGAGGACGGCGGAGGAAGACGCGUCUGUCCCAGCACAGUCGCGAAGCGCUGGACAUGCACAUCAGCUCCUCGGCAACGGGUCUUGGUCUGACAUAGCCUUGGCCAAUCACAGCCCGCGUGGGAGGCAGCGGGUCUCGGGCUGACAUAGCCUCGGCCAAUCACAGCCUGCGUGGGGGUGGCGGUGUGCACAAUGGCAGCCAUGCCAUUCGUCAGCGAGGGGAAGUGCGUAAGCGUGGAGUGGGACUUCCUACAAGGACUCCUCGCCAAACCACCCACCCUACCCUGCUUACAGAACUUGCGGAAGGAGAAGUCUCGAAAUGCGGCGCGCUCUCGCCGUGGGAAAGAGAACUUUGAGUUCUUCGAGCUGGCAAAGAUGCUUCCACUCCCUGGAGCCAUCACCAGCCAGCUGGACAAGGCCUCGGUCAUCCGCCUCACCAUCAGCUAUCUGCACAUGAGACACUUCGCCAGCCAAGGAGACCCGCCGUGGAGCCCCCUGCUGGAAGAAGAGAAUAACUGCAACAAAGUGAGAAGAACCAGUCGUUCACUGGCCACUGAUAUCUUUGAGCAGCACCUCGGUGCACAUCUGCUACAGUCUCUGGAUGGCUUCGUGUUUGUGGUCAGUCAAGAAGGCAGAUUCCUGUACAUCUCUGAGACAGUAUCCAUCUACCUGGGCCUCUCACAGGUGGAGCUAACUGGCAGUAGUGUGUUUGACUACAUCCAUCCAGCAGACCAUGUGGAGAUGGCAGAGCGACUGGGUAUUAAGCCACACCUCCGUGCAGAGGCGGGCUGUCAGACCCUCCCUGAGAGUGCCUCAAGCUCCGCCUCCACCUCCUCUCUGGCUGGCACACCUGAACCAGCUCCCUCGAGUCCUCUCUCUCCUGGGGACGAGCUGGUUGAACGUGGUUUCUUUAUCCGUAUGAAAUCCACCCUCACUAAGCGUGGCCUCCAUGUCAAAUCCUCCGGUUAUAAGGUAAUCCAUGUAACUGGACGAAUCCGCUGUCGGCCCGCCCUGGUUCCAGGCUCCUCCCGCUCGCUCCAUCGGCCAAUGGGAUUGGUCGCCCUCGCUCACACGCUCCCACCCUCCACUCUUAAUGAGGUGCGGAUGGAGAGUCACAUGUUCGUGUUUCGGGUCAACAUGGACCUCCAGGUCACCUACUGUGAGAACAGGAUCUCGGAGUACAUGGAUCUGAGCCCGGCAGAGGUGGUGGGACACACGUGCUACCGUUUCAUCCACGCGGAAGAUUUAGACACCAUCAGACAGAGCCAUGAAGACUUGCUAAGAAAGGGGCAGGUGGUGACCGGGUACUACCGCUGGCUUCAGAGACGCGGCGGGUACCUGUGGGUCCAGUCCUGUGCCACCGUGUCCAUCAACCAUAAAGCACCGCAUGAACGCAACGUCAUCUGGGUCAACUACAUCCUCAGUCGGACAGAAAUGCCAGACACACCACUGGACUUACUACAACUCCCAGAAACCCUUCGAGCUGAGCGUCUACGGGCUAACUCCUCUCCUCAUGACAUCUCCCCAAAAGCACAAGGACCUGCUGUCUCCCAGUCAGGAAAGGGAGGCAGAGUCACGUCUGAGCCCGAGCGCAAAGGGAGAGAACGAUACCCACACCCUGCUGUCAACCAAUCAGAUGACAGGAGGAAGAGGCCUCACCGCUCCAGCCCAGUAAAUGGUCCCCCAGAAACAAGGAGGCGAGUGGAAGUGUUCCAGAACAGAGCGGGCAGCCCGUCAGGCUCAUCUGAGCUAGCCAGUGAGAGCGAGGUAGACGAGGAGGAGGAAGAGGAGAAGGGCAGUGAGUGGGACCGCGACGGCAACGGCGCACGGGUGAAGCGCGAGGAAGGCGCCGCCGAGCAGCCCAGCAGGGGGGGAGGCCUGGGGAGAGUCCACAACGGCCGGGCCGUGAUCCAGCACCUGAAGAGCGUGGCCCCCAGCUCCAACGUUAAGACCGAGCAGGAGCUGCGUUCGGCCCCUGGGGCCCGAUGGGGCCACACCACCCCAGGAGGCGUAAACGGCAGCAGCUCCCCUUCUCAAGCUCCAGACUCCGCCGGUACUGAAACCCCAGGCAAGGGUCUCUUUGGCCCCUCGUCUCCCACCCUGUCCCCGCCUGUCUCAGCCUCAUCCCUGCCCAGGGAAGAGCGACCCCUUCAUGGGGGCCGGGGCCCAGACUAUGAGCUCCUCCAGAGACUAGCUGCAGGCGGGGCCGCCGGGCGUGUCCUGUUCCACCCGCUUGCCCUUGGCCCCCAGGCCCCCCAGAGCCUUUAUGCCCCCAGCACCAUCCGCUACGCCCCACCCGAACUGCCCUCCGGCCAUGGCGAGGGGCACCGCGGGGACCACGCACCCAAGUCGCCCGCUUUCUUCCCGCACCUGCAGAGGAUCGCGGGGCUGCCUCCGUUCAGCGGCUUCUCCCCAUCUGAGCACCCCUUCCCCCCCUCCCUGUCCUUCUGCAUGAACGGCUUGAGGGGGGCAACUGGGACAGAGGAGGACUAAAGAGACCCAAAUACAGAUACGGAACGAGGGAGAGAGAGAGAGAGAGAGAGCAUGUGAGAGAGUGAGCAAAAGAGAGAGUGCGUGAGAAAGAGAGAUUGAGAGAGAGAAAGAAAUCCAGACUAUCCAGUGAGAGAUGAAAGAGGCACAGGUUUGUCAUAGUCUUCCCAGCAUGCUCUCUUGCUAACUCAUGUGUACGAAGGUCUUCCUCUCUCUGAACACGCAGGAAAAGCCAUAAUGUAGAAACGGAGAUCGCCAUGCCACCGCACACCACAUAGCAGGCAGAACUCCAGAAGGGAACGCUCACAUGAACGAGGCAAAAAGGGACGUUGACAUGCAGAGACGUACCGGGACCACGGUCACGCCUCAGACGUUUGUGCACUGAUUGGCUGAAACAGGAAAGCACAGUCUCUUCGCGGAACGCUACUGGCUAAGCCCGUUUCACAGGUUUACAUCCUGUCAAAACAUGGUAUUAUUUUUUAUUUUGUACAAAAAUACAUACAAUACUAGUGUCUUACUCUCAUGUCUUUGAGCUUGCAAAAAAAAAAAAAAAGAAGAAGAAUUCUUUGAGUGAUCUGUUUAAAAAUUGCAGCCAUAUUUAAGACAUUUGGGAUAUAAAGACCGCAUAAAUGCAAGGCGUCGAAGCCCUAUACAUGUCGAGAACUAAUUAAUGUCACAAACUAACUUUCUUAUUGAUGUUUGUUGGGUUGUUGGAGGGUGGGGUGGGGUUGGGUGUGUUUUCAUCAGUCAUUACGUCCAAGCACUUAAGGCUUUUAAACACAAAGCACUUCAUCAUGACCACAUAUUCUGUUUUUCUCUGCUGUAUAAAAAUUAUUUAAGAAAAACUCUGGAAUGUCGGUGGUCAUAAAAAACAAACAAAAAACAAACGUUUAAGGCCAAACUAUAAAAUCCGGGAGCAAAUGUUGAUGUAAGAUGAACCCUGUGACGGAGCGGGAAUGUAGCCAUUAGAACAACGUCGUUUAGAGGUGGGCAGAGCUGUGGUCCACGUGGCUGUAGGCGUUUGCACUCAUAUGGUCUUUACACGGUUUCACAGUUCAGUUCAGCCUGGGAUGUCCAGUGUUUCAAAUCAGCAACAAAGGCGCCCAAAUCUCUUUUACUGUGUCAAUCAAAAGAAUCGGACAUACUUAGCAAAGCACUGAGGCAUUCAUUUUGAGAUAUUUAUCACUGUUAAAAAGAUUGAUCAGAGUUUGUUGUAGCUGUGAGACUACCUAGCUAGGAUGGCGUGUUUCGGGGUUUGUUAGAGAGGCAGACUGCUUAGCUGCAGGGCUUUCUGAACACGACACGCCAGGGCACUGCAACCAAGCACACGUUCGCUUCUGAAGCACCAACCUCCACUCACCAGAUGCUCUUGUGAAUAUCCAGGUGUCUGUUGUAAAGACUUUGAUUCAGUUAACAUUUACAGUGAGGCCUGUUUAAAAGCCUUAUGUUGGAUAAAAUCAAAGUACAAAAGAUAUUCCAGAAAAAGCCCGAUAUGGCAGUCUGAUAUUGCAGAAACGGAUAUGUAAUGCCCGAUAUGGCAGUCGGAUAUUCCGGAAACAGCCCGAUAUGGCAGUCUGAUAUUGCAGAGACAGCCCGAUAUGGCAGUCUGCAGAUUCUUUGAAAACAAAAUGAUGUAUCCAUGCCAAAAAAAAGCAUUUUUAAAACCCAAGUGGUCACAGAUUUUCACUUUGACUAAAGGACAAGCCUUUUGUGUCUUACUUCUUAGUGCACAUGUAAGUUGGUUUUGGUUUUUUUUGUUUGUUUUUUUUGUGUGUGUGUGUGUGUGUGUGUGUGUGUGUGUGUGUGCGCGCGCAGGGCGGGAUGGGCGGUGGGGGUUCAUACACGUGUGUAAUAUAAUUCACGAGCUCAUGAUGUGGUCUCUUAACUUCCGCCAUCACUGUGAUCUAAUCUUUUUAUGUUAAAAUAUUUGUGAAAAUACAAUGACAUCAACAUUAAAGGAAAAUCUGUAAAAAAAAAUAAAAUAAAUAAAUAAAAAUAUUAUAACGACAA